GAUCGCCGACGAUUCCGCUUCCAGCUAGACUUUCGCGCGAAGACACUAUGCAAUCGGAGCUGCUGGUUCGAAAGUCACUUAUCAGAGAGUUCGUUGUGACAAUUCAAUCGCAACACUGAGCAGACUGAAACCUCGUCGUCGCUAUCUUUGCACGUCUCUGUUGUUUGUUAUUACAGCUUGUGGUAUUUGCGCGUGCAUAUUUACAUCGCUAUUAGAGCAGCAGCAGUGAAAUGACUGAGCCGCCACAAAAAAUAGCUCGGCGCGAGCAGGCGGGCAAGGCGAAAGAGGAGGAAACGCCUACUGAUGCAAGUAUCAUUGUACAGUUCCAAUCAGCAACGGGUGAAACAACAGGCCCGCAGCUGGACAUCCCGCACACGGUGACGCCUCAGCAGCUGGAGACGCUGCUCAACGGGCUGCUGUCAAAUGAGGACAAGCUGCCCUACUCCUUCUACAUAGAGGAACAGGAGCUGCUGGGCGAGCUGGGCUCCCACCUGCGGUCCGGCGGCAUCAGUGUGGAGAAGGCGCUGCUCAUCACCUACCAGCCCCAGGCGGUGUUCCGGGUGCGGCCGGUGGCGCGGUGCACCGCCUCCAUGCCGGGCCACUCCGAGUCCGUGCUGACGGUGCAGUUCAGCCCCUGCGGCACCAUGCUGGCCAGCGGCAGCGGCGACACCACCGUGCGGCUGUGGGACCUCAACACGCAGCUGCCCAAGACCGAGUGCAAGGGCCACAAGAACUGGGUGCUGGUGGUGGCCUGGUCGCCGGACGCCAAGUAUGUGGCCAGCGGCGACAUGAACGGCUCCAUCCUGCUGUGGGAGCCCGGCAGCGGGCGGCAGCUGGGCGCCUGCAGCGGCCACUCCAAGUGGAUCACCUCGCUGUCCUGGCAGCCCGCGCACAGGCCGGGAGCGCUGCCCAGCAGCCGCUUCGUCAGCGGCAGUAAGGACAACACAGUCAAGGUGUGGGACGCCGCCACCCGGCGCUGCGUGCUGAGCAUGAGCAACCACAGCGCCAUGGUGACGGCUGUGCUGUGGGGCGGCGAGGGCCUCAUCUACAGCGCCAGCCGCGACUGCUCCAUCAGCGCCUGGGACGAGGCGGACGGCAAGCUGGUGCGCGUGUUCAAGGGCCACGGCCACUGGGUCAACACGCUGGCGCUCAGCAGCGGCUUCGCGCUGCGCACCGGCGCAUUCGACCACAACGGCAAGGCGCCCGCAGACGUAGAGGCGGCUCGGGCCAAGGCGGCUGAGCGGUACGCGGAGGCGACACAGGGCAAGCCCGAGCGGCUGGUGAGCGGCUCCGACGACUUCACGCUGUGCCUGUACGAGCCCAGUGUGGGCAAGACGCCCAUCGCGCGCAUGACCGGCCACGUGCAGCUCAUCAACCAGGUGGUGUUCUCGCCUGACGGCCGCUUCAUCCUGUCCGCCUCCUUCGACAAGUCCGUCAAGCUGUGGGACGGCGCCAAGGGCACCUUCCUGGCCACCCUGCGCGGCCACGUGGGCCCCGUGUACCAGGUGGCGUGGAGCGCCGACAGCCGCAUGUUCGCAAGCGGCAGCAAGGACUCCACACUCAAGGUGUGGGACGCGCGCACCCGCAAGCUCAAGGUGGACCUGCCCGGCCACGCCGACGAGGUGUUCACGGUGGACUGGAGCCCCGACGGCGGCAGCGUGGCCAGCGGCGGCAAGGACCGCGUGCUUAAGCUGUGGAGGCACUGAGGCUGAGGCACUGAGAUGCGGGUUGAGGGUGAUAGCGCUGUGCCGCGUGUGUACAUGUUGGUCAUCACAGAGCGCGCGUAUGCUUGACAUUGUGCCGAGUCUCUUGCUGUGUGUAUGACAGGGCGCCUCGUGUGUUACCAACAGCGGCGGUAGGGAGGGCAAUAGGCAGUGCUAGGAGGCACGUGGGAUGGACGGCGGGCGGGUAGGCAGCUGUACAAGACAUUUUCACGCAUGUUGUGUUGCACUUGUAGCUGUAGAGGAUGGGAGAAAUUGGCGGGAUGGCUAACGAGAGGCGGCUGGGUGUGUGCUGUCCAAUACUUAUCACUUGCGGCAGGGGUGCGGCACCAGUGCCUUGCGGCAAAAGUGCGCACAUGCAGAUGUUAGCGAUACGGAUGGUCGGGAGGCGGAUGGGGCGGGGCUUGUCACCGAGGAGGCACGAGGAGGCCUGCCAGAGCAGGAAUCGCUGUUACAGGAAGCGGCCGAGCCGGCGCUCAUGUGCUCCGAGCCGGGAGCCCUGUUUAGUGAGGUGGGGCCCCAGGCCCUCAUCAGGGAGCGGGCGGCCGCUUGGCCCGUCACACGGUCACACGGCGAGGCGCUGCUUUGUCGUGGCAGCGCCUGUGUGGUGCCGUGGUGGACUGGGGGCGCCUCUGUCUGCUUGGUCUCCGGCGCAGUGGCCGUGUGUCGCCGAGGGACGAGUCUGCCGCUGAAGCAAAUGAACGGGUUGGCUGUGCUGCGGCCCGAACGUAAGCCUACAUGACUGUGAGAUGCAAGACUGUAAGGAGCGCUCUCC